AUGGCUCCACCUAUUGAGACUCCAACCAAGUCUUCUGGCAGUAACUCUCAUUACACUUCACAUGCUCCUCUGAAUGAAAGGAUUCUUUCAUCGUUAACCAGAAGGGCUGUUGCUGCUCAUCCAUGGCAUGAUCUCGAGAUCAGACCUGGAGCUCCAGUUACUUUCAACUGCCUGAUUGAGAUUGGAAAAGGGAGUAAAGUGAAAUAUGAACUUGAAAAGAACACUGGGUUGAUCAAGGUUGAUCGCGUGUUGUACUUAUCAGUUGUAUAUCCUCACAACUACGGUUUCAUCCCUUGUACUCUUUGCAAAGACAGUGAUCCGAUUGAUGUCCUAAUCAUUAUGCAGGAACCGGUUCUUCCAGGAUGCUUUCUUCGAGCUAAAGCUACAGGUUUUAUGCCUAUGAUUGAUCAGAGUGAGAAAGAUGACAAGAUUAUUGCUGUUUGUGCCGAUGAUCCCGAGUAUCAUCACUACAAUGACAUCAAGGAACUCCCACCCAGCCGUUUGGCCGAGAUUCGCCGCUUCUUUGAAGAUUACAAGAAGAAUGUGAACAAGGAAGUUGCUGUUACUUACUUUCUGCCGGCCUCUAAUGCUUAUGAGGCAAUCCAACAUUCCAUGAAUCUUUAUGCAGACUACAUUGUGGAGAGCUUAAGGCGGUAGUUCUUCGCCUCAUCCGGUCUAUAUAUACAAUAUUAAUCUGUUGCUGCUAUAUAUUGGAGUUCUUUUUCAAGAAUUCAACCUCUACGAACUAAAUGUGUAAUUAUCC